AUGGAGUAUAAGUACGAUGAUGAGGGCGAAUGGUGGCCAUAUUUUGUGAUUGCCAUUCUUACAUUUGUUGUGGGACUCGUCUUCAUUCAGUAUGUUCAUCGUAUUGUAUCUUCUAAAGAAGACGUGGCCACAGCCAACAAUAGUGUCAAAGGGUCGAUAAGUGAAGAUAGUGAAACGUUAGACUUGCCUCAUAAAGAUGCUAUUAGUGCUCAGAAGGGUAGAAAGAUGUCUAACUUGAUCUUCAAUAAGACAUUGGUAUUCCUCAUUGUGGGUACUGUCCUGAUCAUUGUGUUGGUUGCGUUCUUUACUAAGGAAAUGGACUUGUCCACAGUAUUUGAUCCCUAUACCAUCUUGGGUGUUGGUGUCAGUGCAUCAGAGAAGGAAAUCAAAGCCAAAUACAGAAAGUUAUCCUUGCAAUAUCAUCCAGAUAAGGUUUCCAGAGACCUUACAGAAAAGGGGAAACAGGAAAUGGAAGCCUUGUAUAUCCGUAUAACCAAUGCUUAUAAGGCCUUAACAGAUGAAGUAACAAAGGAAAACUUUUUAAAGUAUGGUCAUCCUGAUGGCAAACAAAUGACUGUUCACGGUAUUGCAAUCCCUCAACAUUGGGUGGAGGGCAAAUAUUCAUGGAUCUUUGUUGGAUUCUAUUUCAUUGCAAUGGGUAUCUUCAUGCCUAUUAUUGUUGGAAGAUGGUGGGACGAUGUGAAGUCUCACACAAAGAGAGGUAUCCACGUUGACACUGCUGCCAUGUUUGUUAGAAACAUUGCUACUCGUGUUCCUGGUAGACUUAUUGCUCCACUUGAUGUUAUCAGAUGGUGUAUUGAAAGUGAAGAAAUUAGAUCAGGAUUUCCUCAUUUGGAUGCUGAUGCUGUUUUCGACUUGAUAACCGGUUAUUUGAAUAGAUCUUAUGAUGAAAACGUGGCUGUUGAUACUUUGUCUAUUGUUUCCAAGCUCCCUAGCUUAAUUGAUGCCUUGAUUGAAAUUUCCAUUCACUUAAAGUGUGUUGAUAUUCCACUGAGUGCGUUAGAAGCUAAGAGAGCCAUUGUAGCCGCUGUCAAACCUACAGGUAAGCACCAAGACUUAUUGCAAUUGCCUUAUGUUGAUGCUAAGGUAGUCGAAGCCCAACCCGUUAAGAGACUUGGUAAGUUAUUAACAUUAGAAAGAGAUGAAAUCAAAAAGGUUUUGGGUGUUUCUGAUGAUAAGAAGUUAGAUACCAUUCUAAAAAUUGCUUCUCAUAUUCCUGUUCUUAGAAUCCUAAAAGCUGAGUUCAGAGUCUCUGGUGAAGCUAUUGUUCCUCCAGGUGCUGCUUGUCAUAUCGUUGUUAACUUUUUGGUUAAGUCUGCAAAGUUAAAGUCUUGUCCUGAAAUUGAUGAUGAAAGGUUUAUAGAGGAAGAAUCUUUAGAUCUUUUGAUCAAUCCAUUGAAGACUAAUGAGAAGCAACCCGAGUUACCAUAUGCAUGUGCCCCAUACUUUCCUGAAUAUAUAAGAAACAAUUGGAGUGGUUGGUUAUUCCAACAAUCAGAUGGUAAGGUAGUUGAAGGAGGCAGCACAUUUGUUUUAGGCAACAUGGACUUGAGCAAUUUGGAAGUGUCUCAAGAUAUCUGGAAAGCAGGUAAUGAAGGUGACGUUGUCCUUGGAACUUUCAAGGUCCCAUUUACUCAACCUACACCCCAAGAACCUGGUAACUACCACUUUAGAUUGAUUUUGAAAAAUAAUGCUUACUAUGGAUGUGACAUAGACAUUCCAAUCACCAUGACUGUUGAAAACGCACCACCAAGAAUUAAUAAAGAAAAGUUUCGUAAACUUAUGGGUGAAAAUGAGGAAGAACUGGACGAAGAUUCUGAUUCUGACAGUGACAUUUCCGACCCAGAAGAAGAUUCAUUAGCAGGUGCUUUAGCUGCAAUGAGAGGACAAAGUACCAAGAAGUCCUCUAAGGUAGAAGAAGUUACUAGCGAUGUUGAAGAAGUAGAAGAUGAAGAUUUCAGUGACAAUGAGAGUGUUUUCACAGAUAUAAACACCGACACUGAGGAUGAAGGUGACUUUGAAGAGUCUAAAACCAAGAAAUAA